GACUGCGCACGUGGCGGCCACCGAAAUGGCCGAGGAAGGCAGGCUAGUCGCCGGCUCCGGCGAGCUGAUCCGGCCGCCGCGGCUCGAGGACGCGGGCCUGGAGGACUGCGCGCUCCCGCCGGAAUCCAUCGCCGAGGCCUUCUCCCUGGCCGCCAUGGCCGUCUCGUCCCGGUUCCCCCGCCUCUCCCUCUCCGACGACGAGGACGAGGGAGAUGCGCCCCUCGCGCCGCGUGGAGGCUGCGUCGAGGACGCAGGACCCACCUGCGGGGCCAUUCCCGACGCCCUCGUUGGCGCAGGGGGCGGCCGCGAGGGCGGCGCCGACGAGGUCGUGGUCAUCGGCGGCGGCGGCGGCGAAGGAGGCGGCGAUGAGGUGGUAGUCGUUGGGCGCGGAGAUGAGGAGGAUAGGGUUGUCGUGGUCGGGGGAGAGCUGCAGAAGAAGCUGGGGCAGGAGAAGGGUUGCGUCGAUGGGAUCAGAAAAGAAGAGGAGCAGAAGGAGGAGGAGGAGGACAUUGCGGAGAAGGCGAUCUUGGUGGAAGAUUUCGCCCACACUUCCUGGGAGAAUUGCUGCAAAAAGAUGAUUGAGGUUGAAUUGAAUCUAAAGGACCUACCGAUGGAUAAUUACCCUUGGGCAGACAGAGGACAAAGGGCUUUCAUCUCGCGAAGAAUCAGCAUUAGUCCUGAGGGCACUAUUAACUAAGCUAAAUACCAUUUUCACUAGUGGUCACA